AUGUUCGGCGGAGGCUCCAAUUCCUCGGCGUCGAAAUCUGAGAGCACAUCUCCGGAGCCCAAGGAGAAGGCGGGCAGCAGCGGGGACUCGUCCCCCGACUCCAAGACCGAUAGCGCUUCGCCGACUCCCGUCCAGGCCACCGAUCAACCCCCCAGUGGUGAAAAGCGCAGCGGCAAUGGCAGCCAGCCAACUUCCGGGGGCUCCGCCGAGCAGAAGAAGCGCCGCAGCAGCGGUGUAAGCAGUAAGGCAAGCAGUCUGCUGGCCAGCGCUAAGAACACAUUGAACUUUGCGCAGGUCGGCGGGCGCGGCAACAGUGACAUCGCAUCUAUGCAGACGCCUCUGCAGAAGCUUGGGAAGCAAGAUCCGGCCCUUGCCGUGCCUCAGGGCCAGCACAACAACUCUGCCGGCGAGUCCUUACCCGGUCCGAGGAGCACGUUUCGCGUUGGUGUAUGGGAAGACCGCAAUAAGAAAUGCCGACGCACAAUGGAAGACACACAUGCCUUUCUCUACAACUUCCUGCAUACUCCAGCGCCGGCCCUAAGCGGCGAUAACGGGAGCCAAAAGUCCAAGUCAACGGACUCGGCGACUGACCUACAGGUCGCCGAGGGCAUGGUUGAAACGGACAAUGGCUAUUUCGCCAUAUUUGAUGGGCAUGCUGGAACAUUCGCUGCGGACUGGUGUGGGAAGAAGCUGCACUUGAUCUUGGAAGAGGUCAUCAGGAAAAACCCAAAUGCACCUAUUCCUGAGCUCCUCGAUCAAACCUUCACGUCAGUUGAUGCCCAAUUGGAAAAGCUCCCGCUGAAGAAUAGCGGUUGCACUGCAGCUAUUGCCGUUCUUCGCUGGGAGGAUAGGGUCCCGAGCAACCAGUCUGCUACAGGCUCUCAGGCUAUUGCACCAGCCACAGCUGCCGCCGCCAAGGCUGUCGAGGAAGGCUCAAAGUUGGAGCACAAGUCAGAUGCCGAGACAACACAUGCCAAGCUCAAGAGUAGUGCUUCGAGGCAAAGAGUUCUCUACACAGCUAAUGUUGGAGAUGCUCGCAUUAUCCUUUGUCGGUCAGGAAAGGCUCUCCGUUUAUCCUAUGACCACAAGGGAAGUGACGAGAACGAGGGGAGACGUAUAGCCAAUGCUGGCGGCUUGAUCUUGAACAACCGCGUUAAUGGCGUCUUGGCCGUCACAAGGGCUCUUGGCGAUACCUAUAUGAAGGACCUCGUCACUGGACACCCCUACACUACGGAAACCGUCAUUCAACCCGAAAUUGACGAGUUCAUGAUCAUUGCUUGCGAUGGGCUUUGGGACGUUUGUACCGAUCAGGAAGCUGUUGACCUUGUGCGCAAUGUCCACGACCCUCAUGCGGCUGCCAAGCUGCUUGUCGAUCAUGCCCUCCAGCACUUCAGCACCGACAAUCUCUCCUGUAUGAUUGUCAGGUUUGACAAGGAGGCGUUGAUGGAAAGCCAAAAGAGCAAAGACAACCCGAUCGGGGUGGAGGGCGAUCAGACCGACUCGGCCGGCAAACCCAGCGAGGCGGAAAAGAUUGUCAGCACGACGAAGCAGAAGAUCGCGGAUGGCAGCACGCCGGCUGUCGGAGUGUCUGCCAGCAACAGUGGUCGCGGCCAUGAUCCUGUCGCCGUUGAUGGAGACGAGACGGCGUUCAACCCAACCCCCAUCGAAGGGUCCGUAGAAGAGGAGGAUGCAAAUGCACUGGGCGCUGACUCACCCGAAGUGACGCCUGGGCCUGCCACCCCGAUAGCCGCCACUCUCGCGACAUCCACCAAAGAGACCGACUCAAAGUCGUGA